AUGGCCACCACUGUAGAGGAACGUUCUCUUCCUACCUUCCCGACAAUCGACCGCUGCCCGUCAAUUGGUCGCGAAAAACAUACCGUGAUGGCGGACAUGGACGGCACUUUGCUUAGAGGACGGAGCUCAUUCCCUUACUUUGCCCUCGUCGCCUUCGAGGUCGGCGGCAUACUAAGGCUUCUCUUUUUACUACUGGCGUCUCCACUCAUUGGCCUUCUAUACUACUUUGUAUCGGAGUCAGCCGGCAUUCGUGUCAUGGUUUUUGCCACCUUCGCCGGCAUGAGAGUUUCCGACAUCGAAUCCGUGGCGCGUGCGGUCCUCCCCAAGUUCUAUUCAGCGGACUUGCACUCUGAGACGUGGAGAGUCUUCUCUUCAUGUGGGAAACGCUGCGUUUUGACCGCGAACCCCAGAAUCAUGGUGGAGCCGUUUUUGAAGGAGUUUUUGGGUGCUGACCUGGUUCUGGGGACUGAGAUCGACACCUACAGAGGCAGAGCCACUGGGUGGGUUCUCAAUCCUGGAGUUUUGGUCGGUGAAGCCAAGGCCAACGCGCUUACCAAAGCGUUUGGCAAUGAGCCCUCGUCAGCACCAGAUAUCGGGCUCGGUGAUCGGCAAACGGAUUACCCAUUCAUGAAGCUAUGCAAAGAGAGCUACGUGGUUCCUGCUACGCCGGAAGUCGAGGCGGUGAGCCACGACAAGUUGCCAAAACCGAUAGUGUUUCACGACGGAAGGCUGGCUCAGAAGCCAUCGCCGCUCAUGGCUUUGCUCAUAGUUCUUUGGAUCCCGGUCGGUUUUCUUUUGGCUUGCUUGCGAGUAGCAGCCGGCUCCCUGCUUCCUAUGCACGUCGUAUACUACGCUUUUUGGGCGUUGGGCGUACGGGUGUAUAUCAAAGGGACCCCACCACCUCCCGCCAAGAAAUCCACAGGCCAAACCGGAGUUCUUUUCAUUUGCUCCCACCGCACUCUCCUCGACCCGAUUUUUCUCUCGACCGCUCUAGGCCGGCCCAUUCCGGCCGUGACCUACUCUCUCUCGCGCCUCUCGGAGCUCAUCUCGCCAAUUAAAACCGUCCGGCUCACCCGGGACCGGGUCAAGGACGCGAACCAGAUUAAAGAGCUUUUGGAACAAGGCGACCUCGUCAUAUGCCCCGAGGGAACAACGUGCCGGGAACCAUUUUUGCUCCGGUUUUCAGCCCUGUUCGCUGAGCUGACAGACGAGCUCGUCCCCGUAGCCAUGUCAAACCGGAUGAGCAUGUUCCACGGGACGACGGCUCGAGGAUGGAAGGGGAUGGACCCGUUCUACUUCUUCAUGAACCCUAGCCCGGCCUACGAAGUGACGUUUUUGAACAAGCUGCCUUACGAGCUGACUUGUGGUGCCGGGAAGUCGAGCCAUGACGUGGCGAAUUACAUACAGAGGAACAUCGCUGCGAGCUUGUCGUACGAGUGCACCACCUUCACGCGGAAGGACAAGUACCGGGCUUUGGCGGGGAACGACGGCAUCGUGGCGGAAAAGUCCAAGCGCGCGGCUGCAGCUAAGAAAAUUAUGGGCUGCUAG